GGUACUGAAAUGGCUAAAUAUUUCGAAUCUCUGGUCAGAAACGACCCUUUCUUUGAAAUUCCUGCCAAGAGGCAUCUUGGCCUGGUGGUUUUUCGCCUAAAGGGUCCUAAUUGUCUCACAGAAAGCGUGUUGAAAGAAAUAGCUAAAGCUGGCCGUCUCUUCCUCAUCCCGGCCACUAUCCAGGACAAAUUGAUCAUCCGUUUCACUGUAACAUCCCAGUUUACCACCAGGGAUGACAUCCUGAGAGACUGGAGUCUCAUUCGAGAUGCUGCCACUCUCAUCCUGAGUCAGCACUGUACUUCUCAACCUAGCCCUCAGGCCAGGAACCUCAUCCCUCAAAUCACGGCCUCCACCGCCUUGGCCAGCGGUGUGUCCCUUCAGCCCGUCAAUGGGCCAGAAGAUGACCCAACUCAGGCCAGGAAGAUCAUCAAGCAGCCUCAGCAGGAGGGAGCCCGUCCUAUGAGAAGGGAUAACAGCCACCAUCUUGAAACCCUGCUGGAUCCGGUUGAUGAUUGCUUUUCAGAAGAGGCCCCAGAUGCCACCAAGCACAAGCUGUCCUCUUUCCUAUUCAGUUACCUGUCUGUGCAGAAUAAGAAGAAAACAGUGCGUUCUCUCAGUUGCAACAGUGUGCCUGUGAGCGCUCAGAAGCCGCUGCCCAUGGAUGGCUCUGCAAAGAAUGGGGGCGCCUCUCGGGUCAGAAUCUUUUCCAGGUUUCCAGAAGAGAUGAUGAUGCUGAAGAAAAGUGCCUUCAAAAAACUGAUCAAGUUCUACAGCGUCCCCAGUUUUCCUGAAUGCAACUCGCAGUGUGGGCUCCAGCUGUCCUGCUGCCCACUGCAGGCCAUGGUUUAGACCAGGGGUCUUCAUUCAGAGUCCAAGGACAUGCUUCAGGGACUCUAUGAACCCCUCAAAAUUGUAUGCUGAAUUUGUGUGCUUAUGUGUAUGUGCAUUUUCCUUGAGGGAGAGUUCAUAGUUUUUAUCAUUCUCUUAAGGGUUCAUGACCCACAUCAGGACACAAAUGAAGAGGGUAAGCCAGCUUGAUCCCGAAGGUUCCAGCAGGCUGGUUAGAGAAAGGGCUGAGGGUAGAGUACUGACAGGCAGCUUCUGUGGUUCAGCUUGUGACAUGAAUAUAAAGUAGAAAUAAACUGUGCUCUUCCCUGAAACAAA